AUGAGCUCUAAAAAUAUUAUGCGUUUGGAUGGAUCAUUUUCAUCAGAACUGAAAUCUCUAGGCUUCAUUGCAGACGUGAGUUCGAAAGAAAAAUCCUGAUCAUUUAUUCAUUUUUCUCAGGAUCAUAAACUUUGGACUUUUGCUGCGAUCCACAAUAACAGCAAACUGAUCCUACAAGCCCAUAAAAAGUUUCAUUAGAAUAUGUUGAUUUUUAUUUAUUUGUAAUUUACAGUUUUUUGAAUGCAGGAGCAGACUAUUUGACUACAAAUACUUACCAUGCUGCCAUCCCGCUAAUGAAGAAGGAAGGGAUAGCAAAUUAUGAAGAGCUUGUCGCGGUGAUUUUCUUUUCACUUGCCGUUUAUAAGAUUACUCUCAGAAAACUGUGCGUUUGGCGAAACAAGCUCUGAAAGAGUGUUACAAGGGCAAUCAAGCUGAACUUUUUGGAUCGAUCGGCAGCUACUCUACAUGUUUGCGAGAUCAAUCGGAGUAUACAGGUUCUUAUGUAGACAACGAUCUGGAUAUUGAUCAGGUUAGCUCUUAUCCACGACUUCAGAAGAAUAACUACAUGGGCCGCAGUUGAAAAGUUGCUUUGAGUUUCAGAAAAACAGAUUUUAUCAAUAGACAUGCCUCGAAAUUCAAAAAUUUCUUCAAAAUUAAGGAAAAACUGCGGUCAUUGGAAGUUUACAAUUUUUAAUACCAAAGUGAAACGUUAAAGGUUUCUUUCAAGACGAUUUUAUUCCUUUGAAAGGAGCGCAACCGCAGCAUUCAAUUGAUUCCUUGCUCUGAAAAUCAAGCUCUACACCAAAAAAGAGCCUCUAAAUUCCUUUUAAGAAAAUGGUUUCGUACUAUUGGGACCAAAUCAAAAUGCUCCAUUCCUCACCAAAUCUCCUGAGGAACAUCCUCAUCGAAACCGUGCCUGCUCUUGCUGAAGUGAAAUCCCUCACAAAAGCCAUUCAAACGUACCUUUCUGGAUUGCCGCCGUCAGAGUCGGUUGAAACCAAGUUCUUCGUUUCGUUCACAUGUAAGGUAAGUAUUUUUUCGUUAAAAGUGCAAUCUGAACUUCUAGGAAAAUGGCCUUUUGCGUCACGGGGAAUCAAUCAAAGCUGCCGCCGAUCACUUAGUAAAAAACUCACAUGUAAUGCAUAUUUUCAGAUUGAAGUUAAAAUUUUUUUAUUUUUUUAAGGUUUAUGGAAUCGGAAUCAACUGCACCGACAAGAAAAAAACGUGUCGGCUGCUCUUUGUGGAAUCCAAGAAGCAACGGAAAACACUCGCAAAUUUGAGAAUAUAUUGGUUUACCCCAACAGUGGUGACACAAGUUUUUCAAAUACGUAAGUCUGUAAGAAAAUGAUUUCAAAUGCUGUAUUAUCAAGUGACAAACUUCACAUUACGUGCGAUUUUUCUGACUUGAAUGACGACUUUUUCAAAAGAGUUGGACAUCCGCUUCUCGAUAUGCUAUAGCAAAAAAAAUUUUUUUUCUUCGAACGUUUUUUUCUAUCAUGAAGUGCGGAUUGUUCUUGUAGGUUCUCGAGAAAAAAUUGAUUAUUGAGGUUUUCAAAUAACUUCCCGGUUUCAAUCCUAAAAAAAGGAUAUUGCUGACUGCAUUCAAUUCAUUUUUUCAGAAAUGAUAUAGAAUUUCAGAGAAAAACUCGACGAUAACAUGCCGAUGUUCACGGAAGAAGAUGUCACAUCGUGGAAGAGAAACGGAGCCACCAUCAUAG